CCGUCUACAUCCCCGCCUCCCUCUCCUUCGACCCCAUCAUGGCCCCAGCCUUCACUCACGUCCUCCCGGGACUGCCUGGUGAAUUCACAAAUGGACCCGUAUACUCGACUACCGAGACCCCUGCUGCACCUACGCGAUCCGCGGUACCGUGUUCCGGUGCGGGAGGAUCGUAUGGGGGUUCGUACGAUGGAUCAUACGGUGGUGCAGGUGUGUAUGGAGCCAAGGGAGGUUCAUAUGGCGAUGCGGGCGCCGAGUCGCCGUGUACAUUGCGGACGGUUGUUAGGCCCUCUGCUAGCAGUGCGGCCUCGUAUUAAAACAAAAUAAAACAGGACCUGGAAUUUGGGUACUAUGCCAGGAACCUUUUUUGUUUAGGUGUUUAAUCGUAAUCAAGGGGGGGGGGCUUCUUUGGACACUCUCUUUCUCGUUCUCUGUUUUGUGCGGGUCUUUUGUCUACGAUAUCUUUUCCUUUCUCUCUUUUCUUUUCUCUUCUAACUUUUCUUUUCUCUUGUUGGAAUGGGGGGUGCGGAUGAGUUGAAUACCCGUUGAGUGGGGAUGCUGGUUUUUUUGAUAUGCUAAAGAUAAUUUGAAAUGCGAUGAAAAAGUAUUAAGAA